UUCAUGUUGUGAAUCCUUAAUUUUCUUGCUGCAAGGAUGAACGUCUCAUUGUUACCUGACCUAAAAAAGAAAUUAAAUAUAUAUGAGAAAAAUAUUAGCAACAGACGGGAGCGCUUCAUUGGUUAAUCUGAAAUAUCUCCACUAAAAAGAAAUAACUGCCGCAAUGACAAAGUGAAAAUUCUAAAAAAAAAUGUAUUGUUUUAAAAAAUAAAAGUAAAAAAUAAAAGUUCUGGUCAAUAGUAAAUGCCAUAAGAAAUGAUACUAGGAAAAGCAUUACUCUAUCCGAGUGGUCACUCUUCCCACACAUAUCUCUGUUACGUCGCGACGUGCCCACGCUGCUUUACGUUUGUGUAAACGCAGCCAAUCUUGAGCCGUGUUAAGGGGCAGUCGGCGUGGCUGUUGGAGAAUCCUGGAGGAAAAGUAAAUCCCGGCCCCGGAUUAAUUUCCUCUCUGCGGCGUUUCCUGCCCGGAUCCCCGGAGAUGAACAGCGUCGGGGAGGCCUGCACGGAGCUGAAGCGGGAGUACGACCAGUGCUUCAACCGCUGGUUCGCGGAGAACUUCCUGAAGGGGGACCGGAGCGGGGACCCGUGCACCGAGACCUUCCGGAAGUACCAGCGCUGCGUGCAGAAGGCCAUCAAGGAGAAGGACAUCCCGAUCGACGGGGUGGAGUUCAUGGGGCCCAACAAGGACAAACCUGAGAGCUGAUGGAGCGGAGGAACGGGUUCUGGUCCGGUUCUGAUCUGGAUCCGGGGCCAUGAGGCCCGGAGCCGGCAGCCGACUGGACCAGCGGGUCCCUGGAGCUUUGGGUUGUUCUUUAGGAGGCCUCACACACACCUGGACUGGACUGAACUCUGACCUCAGCUGGUUGGACGGCAGUUGACUGAGUCCAGAUCUGUGAGGCUGAGCAGGACCGGGUCACGUCUCUGACCAGAUCUCUGUUUCCGGUUGAUUUUCUGCAUUAAAAUCGGAAAACUGACAUUUUUGUGCUUUUGUUGUUGCAGCCUGCUCAUCAUUUCACUUACAGCUUCAACCCGAACCGCUGAUCGGUUUAGAGAUAAAUGCAUGUUGACGGUUCUCUGAUUGUUUGUAGGUGAAUCUGCUCAGAUAAAUGAGUUUUUACCUGAAUGUCUGUGACAAGCUGCGGUCUCCAUUUUUGUUGUUGCAUAAUAUGUAGUUUAUGAAUAAAAUUCUUCAUUAAUCUUUAU